AUGACAAUACCUAAGACAGUCAAGGAUAUCCAAAGCCUUACAGGGCGUGUCGCAGCCCUGACUAGAUUUAUCUCCAAAGCCACUGACCGCUGCGCCCCAUUCUUCAAGGCCCUUAAAGGCACCAAGCGAAACAUCACCUGGAUUGCUGAAUGCGACACGGCUUUCAGUGAGCUCAAGGAGUAUAUGGGCCAGGCCCUUUUAUUGUCAACCCCUGAGCACGGAGACAUCCUCGUGAUUUAUCUCUCCGUCUCAGUUUCGGCAGUUAGCUCUGUGCUCAUCCGAUCAAAGGAUAACGCGGAACACCCAGUGCAUUAUGUUAGUAAGGCGUUGCAAGAUGCCCAAGUUCGGUACCCAGACAUCGAAAAAUUGGCGUUCGCCCGGGUCGUCUCAGCUAAAUGCCUCCGACCAUAUUUCCAAGCUCACACCAUCCAUGUCUUAACCAACCAACCGCUUCGACAAGUGUUGCAGAAACCAGAAACUUCUGGGAGGCUGGUUAAGUGGGCCAUUGAACUGGGCGAGUUUGAUAUUCAUUACAAACCCCGCCCGGCUAUAAGGGGGCAGGGGUGUGGGCCCGGCCUCGUUCUCGUCUCCCCAGACAAGGUUGCCCUCGAGUACGCCCUCCGCUUCAAAUUCCAAGCCUCCAACAAUGAGGCUAAAUAUGAAGCACUCUUAGCUGGUCUUCAACUAGCCAAAGAGAUGGACGCCAAACAAAUUCAGAUAUUCAGCGACUCACAGCUCGUUGUCCACCAGGUCAACCAGGACUUCACGGCCAAGGAUGCGUCUAUGACGGCUUACCUCCAGCACGCUCGGCACUUGCUGGCAACCUUCCACGCCCACUCUAUAAACCAAGUGCCACUCUCUGAGAAUAGCCACGCCGAUGCAUUAGCCAGGUUGGCAUCAGCCUUGGAGCAGGGAAUAGGUCGCCACAUCCACAUCGAGUUUUUGGACCAGCUCAGCACACAAGCCCUACUCAUUUGCACCAUUGAUCACAGCACUACAUGGAUUGACCCCAUCCUCCAGUUUUUGCAGAACCAAACACUACCAGCUAAUUCGGCCGAGGCACGACGCGUUCGCCAUCGCUCUGCCCGAUACCUGAUCAUUAACGGCUCCUUAUACAAGCGGGGUUUCAGCCUUCCUUACCUCCGAUGCCUGACUCCAGAUGAGGGUCACUAUGUCCUCCCCGAAAUCCGUGAAGGCAUCUGCGGCAACCACUCGGGCGCACGCUCGUUGGCUCAUAAGGCAAUUCGCCAAGGAUACUUCUGGCCUCCACUCCACACUGACGCCCAGGCCUUCACCCAGAAAUGCGACAAAUGUCAGAGAUUUGCCAACAUUCCACAACUCCCGGCAGAACCAUUGACGGCCAUGAUCAGUCCUUGGCCAUUUGCCCAAUGGGGACUGGAUCUCAUUGGACCGAUGCCAGAGGGCAAGGGCCAAGUCAAAUAUGCAGUUGUGGCCGUAGACUACUUCACCAAAUGGGCUGAGGCCGAAGCCUUGGCCACCAUCACUGCGGCCCGCAUCGAAACCUUUGUGUGGCAAAGUAUUGGCUGCUGGCCAGAACUACUCCCGGAAGUACUCUGGUCCUACCACACCACCUUCCACACAUCCACCGGUGAAACGCCGUUCUCCCUCUCAUUUGGAACCGAGGCCGUGGCACCGGUAGAGAUUGGCCAGCCCAUAUACCGAACCUCCACUUACGAUGCCAAGGCCAAUGACGAGCAGUUAGCCCUCAACCUCGACUUCAUUGACGAGCUCUGUGACCAAUCAAGCAUCCGCAAUGAUGCGUACAAACAACGCAUCGCCAAGUAUUACGACUCCCGAGUCAAGCCCCGCGCUUUCAAAAUAGGGGACUGGGUCAUGCGCAAGGUUUCUUUGGCUACCAAAAAUCCUACCGAAGGUACCCUCGGCCCUACAUGGGAGGGUCCUUAUGAGAUUAUCAAAAUCUACCGCCCCGGCACUUAUCAGCUUCGCGAUCCCAGGGGGAAGAUGCUGCCUCAUCCCUGGAACGCUGAUAACCUCAAGUACUACUACAAGUAA